UUUUUUUUUUAUAUUUUCUUUCUUUCUUUCUUUCCUCACUUCAUUCCAUCGAUUUACAUUUAAUGACUACUCGCAACAAAAUAUUGAUAACAGGACUUCCAGGUAUUGAUACAUUUCAAGUAGUUCAAGGUAUAUUUACUUCUUCUGGACAAAAGAUACCAACAAAGAUCAGCACGACUGUCGAGGAACAACAGAAACAAAAUGAUCCUAUAGCGGGAGUGAUUGUACCAUGGACAAUCGACAACAAGUAUUACACGGCAUCCAUCGACUUUUGGCUAGAUGAACCUGAUUUGGAUUCACUGACAGAAACUAUUGAUGGUUAUGGCAAGAAAGAGAAUGGUGUCACUCAAGUCAUCGAUGCUUUCAUUUAUGUAUUCAACAAAUAUCAACAAAAUAGUUUUGACCCUAUCAAACAAUGGAUGUCCUUUUUAGAAGUAUGUGAUCCAUCCAUUCGUCUAUGUAUUGGAAUGUCAUCAUCAAUGGAAACAAAAGCAACUCAAACAACAACAACGGAUAGUUCAUCGACUGAUGUAUUUGAAGAUUGGUGUCUGGAGAAUCAAUUCGAUUAUAUAGAUAUGGAUCAGCAACCAGAAAUACCUAUGGAUAAAAAAGGAUAUGACCUGGUGGUGGAUGCUUUACAUACAAAUAUGUGGGAUGGAUUAGUACGCAAAAAUGGACAGACAAGUAGAAAGCUCCCUGAUGUGUUUGAAGCCGCUCUUUCUGAUAAUGAUGAUGAUAAUGACGACGACUUUGAACAAUCAUUGAAGAACAUAGAAGAUGAUGGUGAAGAAUGGAUCAAAGAAAUUGAAAAGCUGAAACUAGAGCAUGAUAAGCUAAGAAAGAAAGAUGAAACAAGAACAUUGACAGCAAGUGGCAAGGAUAUAUUGGACUUUGACAAUGAUGAUGAUGAUGAUGAUGAUGAUUUUGAUAUGCCAUCAAAAGAAGAGAUUGGUCGAAUGCAUGAUCAAUUAUUUGGAGAUAUUGAUCAAGAUGAUGGACUGGACAAGGCACUACAAUCACUUCAAGCCAUGCGAGAAAAAGGAAAAGAUUUACCAGAUGAAGAACGAAGGAAGAUGGCGGCUCAAGUAGCAUUGUCAUUUGCAGCUCAACUCGGACUCUAGGAAGGCAAUGGAAUUUUAUAUUGAUGAUGUAUUUUAGAUUGUUUUUAUUUUAUUAUUUUUUAUUUUGAAUAAACA